ACACGGUCCUGAGGCUCUGUUAACGAGUGUAAACAUCUUAUUUAUGAUCUAAUCAGCAGCCCUGUGUCGUCCCUCACUACAGACACAUCGAUGUUGUCCUCCGGGGUGUCCGUGUGAUGUGUCUCUAUGAUGGAUCUGUUGAACUCUCAGCUCCUGGACAAGAUGAACAACAACCUCAGACUCUACUUUGAAGAUGAGCCCAGGGCAGCCUCCUUGUCCACUUCAGUGACCGGUAUCACUGGACCUCCCUCACACUGCCCCAGUAAACGAAAAUAUAGAGAACAAAUGGAAGAUCAAAUGAACUCAGACGACGACCACAUGGCCAAAAUGAGACUUUUUGCUUCCCAAAUGGUCAGACCUGCUGCUGCUGAGAAUAACCGUAACGAGCACUGGAGCUAUAACCCCAUUCCUGUCGAUCACCUCUCUGCCUCCAACGGUCUCCAUGGAAACCACCUGUUUGCUUCCAUCCCGGGCUUCGCUGUGGAUCAGCCUCUGGCUCUGACCAAAAGCACUGUGGACCCUGCUGCUGGAGGCAUGGACAGGCCUGUUACUGCGGGCAGUGCAGAGAGACAGCAGAAUCGGCCUUCAGUAAUUAUCUGUGCUCCUGCGAGCAACCGCAACUGUAACCUGUCUCACUGCCACAUGAACGGCUCUACAGGCCAAGAGUCUGACCAGAAAAAGGCCAACACUCAAACAGAGUGUGACCCAGUGAUUGAGGAGCACUUCCGCCGCAGCCUCGGGAAAAACUAUUCAGAGCCAGAGUCCAACUCUGUGUCCAUCACAGGGUCUGUGGACGACCACUUCGCCAAAGCGCUCGGAGCCACCUGGCUCCAGAUCAAGGCCAAGGGUCCCAGUGCCCCAGAGCCAGACCCGUGAACGACAGGGCUAAACUUUUCACUUCAAAGUGAAUACUGUGAGUGCAGAUCACACUCUUGGUUUUGCCAAGCACACAUAUUUUACAAACCUAAGAACAAUAUAAAGGUGCUCACAUAUACAGACUGCUUGUUGGGCUCAAAAGUCCCAGUUAACUUGUGAAACACAUUCUUUUUGUGAUACUGAAUUUAUAAUUCAUAAAAGUAAGAGAAACGUAGCAGUGUUGAAUAAGUUACCUUCACGUUAAUAUCAACAAUGACCUAACAUGCCUUAAUAGCCAAAGAAAUUCUCAGCAUUUUGCAUCUUAAAGCCAUAGAUUGACCCAGACUUUCCCAUUCAUCAUCUUCAUUGCAUUUACUUUAAUAUUAUAUUACUUGAACAACGUGCCCGGUCUGAUGUGCAACACUGCACCUAAAGAUCUCAGAUGGCAGGUCACUCUGUCAUUUGGAACUAGUAUUUUAAAAAGUGUGAUUUUGCAAUCAAGUCUUCUUAAAACACUAAUCUAUUUUAUAACAAAAUAACUGGACUUAUCCACUAUCGACUUAAAUCCGUGUAAUAUUCAGGCAGAUUUUGAUCAACUUAACCAGACACCAGUCGACGACUAAAACAAAGAAACUUGUUUGAAAGAGCUGGUUACGUCUUUAUUCUAUUCACUAUAUUAAGUCAGAUUUUAUUUUUUAUCUGUUGUAGAAUUACUCACUGCUGGAACAGUUGUAAUCAAUAUAUUUUUUGUAUCUGGUUUUCAUGACUAUGUGUGGGUGUGUGAGCAUCCAUGUGCCAUUCUCAGCCUCUGGCCAGGUUGUCUUGAGUGCAGAGUGUGGGACUGCAUGUGUUGGACUCUAUGGAGCUGGACACCAGGGCUUAAUACAUGACUGAGCAACAGUGACCUUUGUAGCAGACUUUAUUUAUUCUCAACAGGAAGUAGCCUCGUAUUAACUCAGACAAAUGUGGUGAGGAAACAUAACUGUGUCUAGCUCCUCUGUCUGCAGUUUUAUUUUGAAAAUUUGUGAAACAUUCCUCUGUCUGCCAUUUUUAUGUCUCAUCUUUAUGCAAAAACUGUUACUUUUCCACUUCUCUAAAUCAGAAUUACAAUUUUGCGAUACUAAGACAUCAAAUAAUUUGUUUAUCUAGCGCCACCUGUAGGUCAACACUGAUUGAGAUGUAGUAUUUUAACUCCAGAUGCCCUGCCUGUGAAAUUUGUGCUUUACUGAUGGUCUGAAAUGGUCACACACAAGCGCUUCUAUUUUAUUUACCUUGAGACCGUCAUGACGCCGAGCGGAGUGAUUAUUAAUACUAGUUUUGUUCGGAAUACUGUACUAUGUGUCAUCGAUUCAUUUCUAACCAUGUUUUUGUAUUGUCUAGGCCUGUCACGGUAACACAUUUUGAACCACGAUAUAUUGAUGCAUUACUCCUCUAACCCACUGACACAGGAUUAAAAGAAAAAAUCAAAUCUGUCAACUGGAAAAAAAGUUGUAAGAGUGAAGAUGUUUUGCUGCUGAUCUGAAGAAGCGGCUUGGAUCAAACAUCUUCGCUCUUACAACUUUUUGUCCAGUUGACAGAUUUGAAUUUUCCUUUUUCGAUGGAUCACACCUGUACGACUGAGGGAUUACACAGACACUGACACAAUAAUAAUGCAAAAUAAUCCCAGUAAACCAUUUUUAAAUACACGGUGUCAUUAAAAACAAAACAUGGUCUUAGAAGUGACCUGUUCAGUCUUUUACAGCUCAAAUCUUCUCGUAAUACAACAAAAAUACUCCAAAUCUCCCCACUUUAACAUAGAAAAUGUACACAUGAUAAACACUGAGCUCCAAAAUAUAUCGUUCCAGCUUUCAUAUACUGAACCAUAAGUCGAUAUAGCGAUUAUUGUGACAGGCCUUGUAUUGACUUUUACUAUGUGAUUCAUUUCCACCAUUACACAAAGGGCAGGACCACAUCUUUCGGAGCGGUGCCUGUAGUGUUUGUAGUGUCUGUGUGUAUCAUAGCUGAGGGAUUAUCUUCGUCUGCUUGUUUGACACAAGUAGAGUGGUAGAAGUAUUGGGGUUUUAGACCAUUUUUAUUUAAAUGCUUUAUUUUUAGACUACCUGAGACUGUCAGAGACUGUUCAGACAAAUAUACGUUUCAUAUCAUUUAGAAAAGAAUUGUUAAUUCUCUGGAAGAAAAUGCCACUGUUUUAUACUUUCUAUAAUUUUCUUUUAAAUAAAGAUACAAUUUCGCAACUAAUAA